AAUGACUAUUAUGCCAGCCAGCAACCAAGGAGGGCGCAUAGUGAAUCAGCUGUUGGACUCGACGCGAAAUUUUGAUGAGUCUGCAGAUCAGCGACAGUCUAGGGGGCAUGGGGACAUGGUCUCGUGACAAUGACAUGUAGAACUGGUCUAGGCUCGCCGCUAGCUUUUCGAGCUACCGGUGUCGGGUAGACUUGAAAAAAAAACUCCAAAAAACUGUAAACAACAAUUAAAAAACUACAAACAUCAACAACUACUACCCGACGUGUUUGUCCGCUGCCCUACAAGUGUACUGAAAAUAUGUCAAUUGAAAUUCGAUUACAAGUAGAGACUUGAGAAAUCUUCCAUCCUGUAUCAUAGAUACACAUUGUUAAUGGUGGACUGUGUUAGUGUAUUAGAUUUCUAGUAACAUCUGAAACUUUCAACUUGAAAUGUAUUGUGGAUAGUUCACUUUUUGUUUUGCCUUGAAAAGUAGCCUACAACUACUUUGAGAGGUGAAUGAAUGGAAAGGAUUUUCAAAUUGGUGAGGGUGAAAAUUAAAUGAAAAGACAUUGAAAGUGAGAACAUUCUAUUGGAUCUGAACGCUACAAAAAAAAUGUGAAGGUUUUAGGUGAAUGAUUUUAGUGUGUUAAAAAUGUGUGAGUGUUGAUUUAUGUAUGAUCUACCACAUUAAACUCUAGUCUAUUGAACUGAUGAUAAUACAUGAUUGAAUUAGUAGAGUUGGAACGGAUAUUUGUAUAGUACUUGGUUGCAAAUUAUAAAUCUACGUUUAUCGAACAUGGGUGGCCUUAAAAUGGACUAAGUUUCUACAGUGAUAAGAUUUUGGUGUUUUUGUGUUAGUAGUCAGAUUUCAGGUUUGAAAUAUUUAAUUGUAGGCCUAAAUACAGACUAGUGGUACUCUUGUAUCUACACACACAGACACCAAUCUAAGAACUUGACUGUUAAUUAUCAAAAUCCUCUGACAGCACACUGUUUACUUUGAGAUCUGUACGAAUGCUGUUUAAUUUAUGAUUGCGCGCUGACAGUCAGUUACUCAGAUAAAUUCUUCAGUUACCCUUUACUCUAGUUUGGAGGAGGAUGUUUUUGAGACUGUUUUGUGAAGCGUAUGUUUUCGGAAAUACUAGUAGCAGCUUAUUGUAACCGUCUGUGAUCAAAAUGCACGUAACAAAUUCUAUUUUCUCUUAUUGGUAAUACUUUUAUUGUUAACUGUAAUAAUUUGUUCAUGUGUUGAGAAAUUAUAGCACUGAAACCAUAGUGCUAUCAAUCAAACGCUUAUAAGUGUGUUGAGACUUUUAACAACUGAAUUCAAUCAGGUUAUUUAUCACAUAAGGGACUAUUAUACGCUGAAUUCAACUGUUGAAAGCUGCUGAAAUAAUUUUGUUAACAACAGCUGAAGUGAUUGUUAUAAGUGUAUCAUUUAUCACAAAAAUUCAGCUGAAGUGUACACACUAUUCAGAUUUUUGAGACUGCUGAAACUUACUAUUUUCACAGUUUUUGUUAACUUUAUCUGAGUGGACAUUAUAUGAGAUUAUCGAUCACCUCAUUUUUUGUCACUCCGUGAGUGAAGUGAACAUUGUAAGAGUUAGCGAGACUAUUAGUGGGUUAUUUGUGGUAGUAACACUGUCUGUUACUUUUUGAGUGUAAUUGUAAAACUGUCGAUUGUAACAUUAUUUGUUUCACUAAAUUUUGAGAGUACUGCCGCUUGUCAAUUGUCACAUUUCUUGUAACGUUGAGUAAAAAUUGCUGGAAAACUGUAAGAGUACGUGAAAUCUGUCGAUGGGUUAUUGUCAAUUGUCGCAUUUUCUACAACUUUGAAUUAUAUAAUGGGUUUUGGGAGGAAUCUGCGGCCAUGAUGACAGAAUUCAGCGAAAGAGCGCGUUAGUGGUGUCGUGUUAGAUGUCAUCUUUCUCAAAUAACAGUGGUGGUUCUAGUAGUGGUGCCACCAAUGCACCAUUAAAAGAGGAUAGAAAACAGAGUUUGCAGCCGUGCGACAGAGAUAACCAGCUACCAACUCUGGCAAUCAUCGGACGAAAUGAAAACGAUCAUUCGCGGAAAACGCAGAAUCUGCUUAAGUCCAAGAAGUACGAGACUUUCGAUGAUCCUGCAGAGUCGUCGAGGAGGUGUGAGGUGGGUGAGUCGCAUGUGCCCCCCGAGCCAGCCGCUAAAAAAGAGGUACACUUUGAGUUGCCCCCAUCGUCACGUGACCACAAUGAGGCAUCGGCGGGGUUCAGGAGUCACUACGGCACGCCGUCGCAUCAAGGCAAGGCCUAUCUAGAGACAAACCUAGACUCGAGCUGUGCGAGCGAGAGGCGAUCAAGCACUCCCACCCUCAACGUAGCCGUGUCGUCAUGCAACGAAGUUGGGACUUCGCUGUGGCUCACGAGCGGAAGCGGCGGCAGCGGAAGUGAUUUUACACGCGGCGCGCAGACGUUUGGCGCGCAAAAGUGCGACGCGCAGAAAUGUGACGUUUUUGCGCGCGGCGGUCGGCAAGACUCGCCUCCGCCUGACUAUUGGAACCAGGUCGGCCAACAGGUGCCUUUCAUUGAUAGCAGCGGCGGUAGCGUUAGAAAUUCGCUUCUCAUCAACCAGAGUGCAACUGGGGGUGGCAGCGGCUACCAGAUCCUGGUGGACCGAAGUGCAGUGAACCAACCGCCGGGUUCGGAUUCCACCUCAUUGAACUCGGCACCCUCCUCACCACCUCCCUCCUCCCUUACCCCUCCCACCACCUCCACCUCGUUCAGGGACCAAAGUCGCAAGAAGCGGCCCAAGCUCAGUCGCUUCUAUAGCCAGCAUGAUCCUGACUGUCCGCCCGCAGAAGGCUCUAGUUUAUGA